AUACAAUUAUUGUGAGAAUAUCUUUUUACAGAGUCAAGUGUUGGGGGGGGAGGAAAUGCAAAUACAAUUUGUAGCUACACCACAUUUUAAAAAUGAGCACCACUGCUAAGGUAGAGGUCGGUUAGAGCCAUGCCGAGUUUGAUAUGAUGGCCCUGAGAGCUCAUGAGACUAUCUACGCAUGUGCAAGUGCUUAGUACCGAUAUACUGGUAUAUGAAUGUAUAUCCCUCGGCGACACUUAUCAUCCAUCUAAACUAAACUAAACCAUGAACCUAAGCAUUCCGUUUUUAAAGCUCUGCCCCUGAACGUCUCACUCUUGUGGCUGUUUUCUAUUGGCGCAGAAGUUGAAUUGCGACACGUCAGGACUGCCACGAAACGCAACCAAGUGAUUCACAGCUCUGCCGCCAAUCGCAGGACGAGCUCGCUUCGUUUUUUUGCGUGACGACACAAAGGAAGAGCCAAUCACAGCUCAGGAUCUGGGAGGGGCUGGUCUGUUGACAGGAAGCGUGCUGGGUGGUGGAAUCACCGCAGCCUUCUGUUCGUGUAGUUCAGCCUGACACACAGAGGACCUCACAGUCGUGCAUCCCUCAGACUUGUGUGGACUUAAAUUAUGCGUUUAAAGAUCGAGCCGGGGCAAAUAUGCAAUGGAGGUCAUUAGUAGUCGGUCUGGUCGUAUUGAGACUCUCUCUCAGCUGUGUGCUGUGGCUAGCGUUCGGGCUCGGACCUAACGUCAGCUUGGGGUUCAACUUCCCACUUAGUUUCAGUUUGCACAAAUUAGACUUGUUAUUCAGGGACGAGAAGGGAACCGAUCCGAGGGGUAACUCGUGGUCUCAACGGAUACCCGGCCACAGACAUGAAGAGGCGGCGACCACCUGUGCAAAGGUUGCAGAGGCGUCACCCAAGAGGUCCUACCUGAGCUUCUUCGAUGGCAACCAGGACGAGUACGUCCGGAAGUACAGCUUCUUCCCGGACAAACUGAAAGCAAAAAUGAAGGACAUGGCCAAAGAAAUGUUUUAUUUCGGAUAUGAUAAUUACAUGAAAUAUGCCUUUCCCGAGGACGAACUGAAUCCCAUUGACUGUGAGGGGAGGGGACCAGACGUGCUGAACCCGUCAAACAUCAACAUAAACGACGCCUUGGGGAACUACUCCCUCACCCUGAUUGACACCUUAGACACCCUACUGGUGCUCGGCAACGUGACAGAGUUCCAGAAGGCUGUCAAGCUGGUUAUAGAUACCGUAUCUUUUGACAAGGACUCAACGGUGCAGGUGUUUGAGGCAAACAUCAGGAUCCUGGGAAGCCUUAUCUCAUCUCACAUCCUGCUGACGGACCCGAAACAUCCAUUUGGCAACGUCGGCUUUGAUGGUUACGAUAAUGAGCUGCUUCACUUGGCUCAUGACUUGGCUGUCCGCUUACUGCCGGCCUUUGAGAACACCAGCACAGGCAUUCCUUACCCCAGGGUGAACCUGAAGACUGGAGUUCCUCCUGAUAGCAUCAAUGAGACGUGUACUGCAGGAGCUGGGUCCCUGCUGGUGGAGUUUGGGAUUUUGAGCCGCUUGAUUGGAGAUUCAACAUUUGAGUGGGUGGCCAGGCGAGCUGUCAGAGCUCUGUGGAACCUGAGGAGCAACGAAACCGGCCUGUUGGGGAAUGUAGUUAAUAUCCAAACAGGCCAGUGGGUUGGCAAACAGAGCGGUCUGGGAGCUGGUAUGGACUCCUUCUAUGAGUAUUUACUCAAAUCGUACAUCCUGUUUGGUGAGAUAGAGGACCACCGGAUGUUCCAAGCUGCCUACGGGAGCAUUCAGAGCCACAUGAGGAGAGGGAGAGAGUCCUGCAAUGAAGGAGAGGGUGACCCACCUCUUUAUGUUAAUGUGAACAUGUUCAGUGGUGAGAUAAUGAACACCUGGAUCGACUCCCUUCAGGCCUUCUUUCCUGGGCUGCAGGUGCUGAAUGGUGACGUCGAUAAUGCAAUUUGCCUGCACGCCUUCUACUAUGCCAUCUGGAAGCGCUUUGGGGCUUUGCCAGAGAGAUACAACUGGCAGCUGCAGGCUCCCGAUGUGCUCUUCUACCCCUUGAGACCAGAGCUGGCUGAGUCGACCUACCUGCUGUACCAGGCGACAAAAAAUCCUUUCUAUUUGCAUGUUGGAAUGGAUAUUCUUCAGAGCCUUGAGAAAAAUACCAAAGUCAGAUGUGGGUACGCCACUCUCCACCAUGUCGUGGACAAAUCCAAAGAGGAUCGCAUGGAGAGCUUCUUCCUCAGUGAGACAUGCAAAUACCUUUACCUGCUGUUUGAUGAGGACAACCCACUUCACAAAUCCGACAACAAGUACAUCUUCACUACAGAGGGCCAUCUUGUGCCUAUCGACAAGCGCUUCAGGGAGAAGCAGUGGAGCGACUUGUUUCCCUGUGAAGAGGGAGUGCUGGCAGAACGAGAGCCAAACAACUGGCCACCACCACAGAGCAACAUCAGCAAUUGCAACAGGAUCCCAGAGGAGCGACGGUACACUCUGCCAUUGAAGAGUGUCUACAUGAGGCAGAUCGAUCACAUGGUGGGACUUUUCUGAGUGAGACGACGCAUGGAAAGGCCUUCAGU